UUCAAAAGCACAUGCACUGUAUCGCAUGGAGUCACUCAUCGACGAAGAUCGCAAUGCUGCACUAUCAAAGCCUUGUUCAUGGUUGAUGAAGGUUGAGGACUUGAGGAGGACCCCAAUUCCGGUAAAAUGUGUUUACUGGAUCUGGUGACUGAUUCACUGGUCAGGUAUGAGUUCAAUCUAUUGGACUUUCGGCUUGUGGAGUUGCGAAAGUCAUAUGUUCUUAAAGAUACCGAGUAUGUCUGUUUUCCUGUUGAUUCCGUGCAAAAAGUGGUGGUUAUGACUGAUGAGCAUUUGAACAUUGAUAAUGUGUAUGCGGUAUUUAUGAUUUUUAAGAGAGGGAAUCUGGGUUUUGUGAGGGUUGGAGAUGAGAACUUGAUCAAUGUCGAUGAACAAAACUCGGAUUAUCAUGAUAUCAUCAUUGACGAGGGUCAAUAUUAUUGGGGGAUAAUUUCAUGGGUCAAUUCAGCUUUGGAGGUGAUUCAGUUUUCGCCUCCGAUAUGUGGGUCUGGUGGGCAGAAGCAUUUGGUGGAAUCUUGUGGUGAUCUUUACGUGGUUGUUCAGUACGGUGCAACGUUGACUUGCCAGGGCAAUAGGAGAGUUAGGUACUCACACCAAGAGGAUGAAUAUCCUGAAGCAAUUGGUUUUAAAGUUUGUAAGCUGGAUCAAGAAUGGGGUAAUUAUAAAUGGGUCAAUGUGAAAGACUUGGGAGAUCGAGUGUUUAUUUUAAGCAAUGAUGGGUCUUUCUCUGUCUCCACCAGAGAGUUUGCUGGAGUGAAAGGAAAUUGCAUUUUCUUCAUUGCACAAGCAUCAGCAAGGUGUUACAGUUGUGUGUUCAGUUUGGAGGAUGGUAGGAUUAGGAACCUAGCAUCUUCGGAGUGUUCUCAGAUGGUUCAGCCACCUUCAAAUUUGCUCAACCCCAAUUGAAGUGUGUCUGCAUGCUCUGAAUGGGAAGUUGGUCACUGCUUAAGACCAUUUGAUUUGCCUUUCUCGGACAUGAUGGAAGAUCCAAUUCUCAUGAAGAGUGAAUUGUAACAGUUCUUCUUUAAACUAGUGUAAAGU